CUGUUUAGAUAGCAAAACUGAAACACACAUUGGCAUCAGAAACAUCGUUGGCCCCAAUGCUCCUGGGGUCCCUGGCCAGUGCCCAUUGUAGCCAUACGUUAAGACGGCCCUGAGGACAGAAACCGACCAUGCCGUUAAGGCUUUCAGGUUAUUGCUCUCUCCCCUGUAAUCAGUCUGCCCAAUUCCCCUUCCUCCACGUACAGUGUCCAUACUACGACAAGGGCGUUGUGACCGGGUCAUUAACGUCACCCUCUCUCGAUCUUUUUUUGGUCCGCUUGUUCCUAACACGCCCGGCCUUUUUUGCCUUAUUAGCGAAAUAAAGGCGAGAACCUCUGCGAGCUGCUGUUUCCUGACCCGGGAUCAGAGAGGAAGGAAGUUUGUAGGCGUGACUAUCAGCGUUUCGACUUUCAGUUUAGCCGAAGUGAACUGGUGUGGGUGGACUGGGUGGUUUUCCCGAUCGAUAAAACGGAGAAACUCCAGUUCGAAAUACUGGAACGAACGACCAUUGAGCUGGCGAAGUUAGACAGACGAAGUUGGGCCGUAAGAAGUAGUCAAGCAGUCAGAAUGGACGGAAGGCAGCAGUUGGAUCGCUAAAGAGGCGAGCAGCUUUUUUUUAAUGGGAGGGCGGGGAGGUGAAUGAAUAGAAAAGGCGCCCGGACUCGGGUUGUCAAGUCCUCCCCAGUCACCGUCAUUUGAGGUCCUCCAGUGCCGCUCGGUUUGCUCUGACUUACAUUUUAAUUGCAACUCACCGAAGUGACAUUCGCAUUCAGACAGACUGGAGAGAAUGAUCUCCAUAUCGGCAGGAAGCAGAACUGAAGAUUCAGUACAGGAGCCCCUCAAACGGCACAUUCAAAACUCCAGAGAAGUGCUAGUUGAUGCACUCUACAACAUCGAGCCCCUCUUAGACUGCAUGAUAGCAGCAAAUCUCUUAACCCAGGAUAACUUCUUUGAUGUCCGGGCUGAGAAGAACCCCAGAAACAAAGCCAGGAAGCUGCUGGAGGUGGUACAGCACCAGAUGGAUGAGGAGAAGGUAUAUGACUUCUUGGAGUGUUUGAAGAAGUGCAAGAAGCAGUACCCCCGGCUCAAAGACUGGCUGGCGACAGACGUAGAUCUCAAUCAAGGACCAACAGAGCAGAAGCUGAGAGCACAAAUAAGUGAGAUAUGCCAGCGACUUGGCCACAAUGUCGACCCCAUCUCCAUUAAGCUGUUUUCUGAAGAGACGUUAUCCCAUUUUGAGCUGGAGCAGGUGCAGGGUAGUAGCACCUUAUUUACGAAGGCUCAGGUCAUCAUUUCUGCAUGUCUAGCUAAGGGCGAAAAGGCGUGCAAGAGUUUUUACCAGGCUCUCCAUGAAGUUGACAAAAUGCUGGCUGAGGAUUUAGAAGGAGGGAAAUUAUCAAAUGCUGCUGUCGACUUCAGCCUCACCAGUAAACAAGAAUGGGAAGCCAGCAGCGACCUUAAUUUCAGCCAAUCUGUGGAAAUGCCAGGCAUGUCAAUUCCAACAGCAGUGCAAGAGUCGCAACAAAUAACUGAAGCAGAGGUGCAGAGACUGACCCUCCGGAUAGAGAAUGGCGAAAAUGUUGAAUUAGACCAAUGGGAGAGUGAACUCAUUGCCAACAUCCUCAGUCAGCUCAAAUUGCAGGUGGGUCCAGAAGCGAAGUUGAAUGCAUGUGAGCUGGGCUUGGCUUUGGGCCUGUCAAGAGCAGUGGUCCGAGAGUGCAUUCUGGAGCUGGAGAGCAUCGGAGACCUGAUGCAGCUUGCAGCCAUUGUACAUUGCUUCUGGGAGAAAACUCAAGACCAGACACGGCUCUUGCAAAAGGUCGCUGCCUGCAAUACAAAAAGGCUUAUGUUAUCAGAAAGGGGAAAACAUCUACUUCUUCUGCUCCAGAUGAUCAUGGCCGAUACAGAAAGAGGAAUGAACAAUGAGCCUCAGUGGCAGCGAGUUUUCCACUUUAUACUACUAGACUGCUUUGUGGAGGCCGAAGAGUGCUGCUUUCAGGUAGACAGGACAGAUCCCCUGGCAAUAUUUAAGUGCAUGAAGGAGAACAUUGUGGUGGAUCACCCUCUGAUUCAGGAGCUGGCAUGUUCCUGGAACGAGAAAACGAUCGAGAGCUAUCAGCAGCGUGUCCGACUUCUAGCCCAGCUUGUCCGAGACCUUUUUCCUCUUCUGGAUUGCGUGCAGUUUGAUGGAGUGCUGCUGGGGGAGGUCCAUCGGUGUAAACCCCGGCAAUUGCACCGGGUGACCAACUUUAUUGGAUUGCCCCCAAGAAAAAUCCGUAAGGUGUUCAAUGAGAAGAUGGUACCUAGUAAAGGCAAAUUUGUGAUGAAUCCUGUAGACUGGACUGUCCAAUAUGGAGACAUCUGUGUUCUAGCUGCCAACCUGCUGUACUCUGUCUGUCCAGGGGAAACUGGUGCACAGAUCACUGCGACUAACCUCUCGGACCUCAUGCAAGAAAUUCAGGUUCUUCUGUCCAAGCCAGCAUUUGACUCUCAGUGCUUUGACGCCGGUGUGAAACUACAGCUGCUUUCUCUUCUGGAUUUCGGCCCCACAGUCCUGGCUGUACCCACUCUAAUAAAUUUGCACUGGAACACGCUGUGCAGACUGGCAGAGUAUUUGAAAACCAGUGAGCGGCACAUCUUCCAGUUCGCUAUUGAAGAGGUUUGGCUGCAGGACUGCUCAGACUCCUUUCAAGGCGUCUGCAGCAUCCGCAAUCCGGUAACCAUUGACAAUGGGGUUGAAGAAGUCUUUGAGUUUUCAACAACUAAAUCCUCCUCCUUUAUUGUAAAGCUUCACUGUCGUGGCUAUCAGGAUGACAAACUCUUCACCUGCAGGAGGCCGGCAGCGUUCCGAAUACGUGGACUGCCAGAGACAGCAGUGGUGGAGCUGAAAGCACUCGGGGGCAGAGUGCUGUUGGCAAAGGGAGGACUGGUGUGGCUGAGAGACGAAAGUCAAGGAGGACUGAAAGAACAACUGCAGUCCCUAAGCCAGAGUCAUGGGGCCCAGGUCACUGAGGCAGGCUGCUGCUUUUUCAUUCAGUCUAGUGAUGCCAAUUGUGAAAUCAGGUUUAUCUACAAGAAUGGCAGCAUUGCUGCCAUGGCACAAAAGAAUGCACAGGUGCUAUGAAUUAUGGGAGAAGACUGCUUUCACAAGAUAGUGUCACCACAAAUCAUUCUAAACCUGAGUGCUGCUGGUGCUUAACUCUUGGGAAAGCAGAUCGGACCAUUCCAGCUCUGAAACACUUGACAUAAUUUUAGCAGUGUUUUAAUUUGACUGCCACCAAGGUCUAUCGUGCCAUACCAAGCAGGUUCGUGGCCACUUUUUGCAAUAUUCAGUUGAGCCAGACACUUUUCUCAGUGGUCACUCAAGUUCAGUUUCAGAAGGCACUGUUUUGUGCUUCUGGUCCAUCGCAAUUCAAUUGAACCUGCUCUGGUGAGGGUAUAUGUGUGGGAAGUGGGGGUCUACUCUGACAUUUUUGGCUGUUUGUUGAAAAGUUGCUCCAGUUUGCUCCUGUUAUGCCAAUGCUGUUCAAAAGAACACAGAUCGUAUAAUGAAAUUUCUUUCUGGUAGAGGUACUUCCCAUGCUGCCUCAUUGGCACAUUGUGGGCCUGACAUGGGUAUGCGCAUCAUUACCUGGUUUCAGAACAAGUCAGGGCACUUUAAACAAGAGUGAAAUUAGUGAAGUGAAACUGAAAUAUUUCUCGGGCCCCGUAUAGCAAACCUCAAAACGUUAAAACUGAAAUACUUGCAAACACAGACAACCUCUUGAAUGAAGAAUCCAUUUUACAUGUACUUUGUAUUUAUGUCGGAGUCUUAUUGUUUACUAUCUGAUGAAUUUAUCUUGAAAGUCAUUAUAUAUGCACAUAUUUAUUUUUAGAAGAAAAUAUGCAUCUGAUGGGAAUGUACUGGUACUUGCAUAUAGAAAAGUAGCUGUGAUUCAAAGUCAUUAUAAACAUUUUUCCCUCUGCAGACACUCGAUGGAGAAAAACAUUUAAAUGUUUUCAAAUAAAAUCAAUCAAUUUCUUGAGCUGAACUGCUAGAAUGAUAGCUACGCAGCCUGAAUAUCUCAUUCACCCCUUUUGAUGAAGUCUUUGUCACUUAACACAACUCUGCAUGAUGCUUUGCCUCCUGGUCUUAAAUGCUCUUAACCACUGGAGUCCCCAGCGCACAGUUCAGAGUUCUCAUCUCUCACAUUUCUGGAGUCCCACCUGACAUCCUCCCAUAGUCUCCUCAGAGUGGGAUAUGCAUUAUCCUCCCAAGGGUACUUGCAGUUGCUCUUCCCUGCAAAAAAACACAUCAGAUGCAGAUACAGAUCCUGCUUUAGUGGUGAAGACGUCAUUUAUUUUUCCCCCCGUUCCUCUAUUCAGACUGCAAGCUAGAGACGACAAUGUUGAGAAAAGGUUUAGUUAGCUGAGCAGAACCGAGGCUUUCUUGUGACCUGUAUUGGAAGUUCAAGUUUAUUGUUGAAUACUCAGUAUGAUGAAGUCCUUACUUGCCUGGGAACAGCUGAUAAAAUACAAUUUCAAUAAAAACACACACACACAGAAAAUUAUAUACAGUACUGUAUGUAUGUGUGUAUAUACAGUAUACAUAUACUGUAUAUAUCAUGCAAAAUAUAUCUAUACUAAAUACAUAUAUUUACUAGCAUUUACUUAUAUAUACAUACUGGUGGGUUAUAAAUUAUGAUGGGCUCUGUUACAGCAGUACCUCAGAUACAAAUAUGCACAGAAAAAGACAAAAUAUGGAAUCAAUCACCAGUUCAGUGGUUGAUUCAGUGCUGUCACUGCGUGUUUUCCAACUGCAUGAGGUACGGAGUCAUUAUCAAAAACAGCAGGAUGUUUAGGUAUAAGGUCCGUGUACUCUACAGAGCCAUGGUUCAGUUUAAAUUAAGUUUUGUGAUUUACAGAAAAGUACAGUAACAUUGCUUCACUGUCAUUAAGUUUACGACAUUUUUUCUGUAAAGUAAUAAAGCAUUAUUCAUUUUUGGUGAUACAGGUAAAAUUCCGUUACAACGAACUGCAAGGGACCUAAAAAAUAUUUUGUUGUAAUGAGAUUCUGUGUUUGUUGCUAUAGUGCUUUCUUUAACUUGUGUCCAGGCAUUUGCAAUCAUUUCAAUAGCUUCUUUCACGUUAAUCUUCUCCUGUCUACAAGUUAUGCUGACGAGAAUUUUUCUCAGCAUUUCCUUGCAAUAAUACACAUUCAGGGUGUGAAUGAUGCUCAAAUCCAAUGGCUGAAGCACUGCCAUGCAAUUGAGUGGAAGGAAUUCAAUGCGAACAUUGUCUAAAUGCGGAAGCAUGUUGUGGGCAACACAGUUAUCAAUCAGAUGCCAAAUCAUCCUUUUUUUUCUUCUUCUUCAUAUUGUGAGGUUUCUGAACCCUUUUGGGAUCCCCCCAUAUCCCCCCCACAGCCAACAGGAAUGUCAUGCUGAAGUGUGUCCCAAAGUGUGAUUGCCGCGUCUGUGGAAGAUUGUUUGUCCAUUGCCUGGGCAGGGCAACAGCAGGCUCACAGCGGUGCAGUGAGGCACCACAGCAGCUAAUCCUAAAAGAUCGUGGUCGUGCUAUAAGUCCCUGUCUUGCACCCCUAAACAUGAGGCUGAGUCUCAGUACUUUAGCAAAACCAGCUUUAUUCAGCUUGAAACAGGAACAGUAGUUAUUUAUUGUAGCAGAAUCUGCCACUGUCCUAUACACAGACACAGCAAUCAGACAGGGUUGUGGCCAAGUAAUCCUGUUCCCUGCAUAUAUAAUGUUCCUUGCAUCACCCGUCGAGAUCUUUUCCGUCUAUUUGCUUCAGGGCCGAGCAGCAUCAGAGCUGUGAGCCUGCUGUUGCUCCAGCAAUGGAUAAACUGUCUUCCACAGACACGGUGAUCGCUCUUCGGUGUGUUGUCCACUUGGUGGAGGUCCAAAGAGAGUUUAGAAACCUCACAACAGUGACUUUGCUUUUUCUUGAAUGAGUGGCACACUAAUAGGAAUGUUUCUUGAACAAGCAUCACUGAACCACAUAAAAAUUGCUUUUUUCGACGUCUUCAAAUGCAGCAGUUUGCAUACAUUUGCAACCAAAGAUUUUUCUUCUUUUUUUGCUGGGUCUUUCAAGAAAGUUGACAGUGUCGAUGGCGAAUUUCCAAAUUCACUGGCAACGUCUUUUUGCCGCAAUCGAAAGGUUUUUUUUUUCUAAUAUGAACUGUUAUUUUUUUGUGUCUGCCGUUACUAUAGGAGGGUGACAAUGAGAUAAAUUCCAAUGGAUGUUUUUCAAAUGUUGAUGAGCAACAAGCAAAAGGUAUCACUGAAAACCAACGAAAACAGCAAAAAAAAAAAAAAAAAACAGAACGAGGAAAGUUCGAAGAAAGAACUUUUUUUUACAAUGUUUCUGUUAGCGGAUCGUUGUGCAUAAGUGAGCUGCGACCACAGGACUAACUGCUCUGUGGAUGAUUCAUUCAGGCAUUUCAAGGUCUUUUGGGCACUUCGCUGUAAUGGAAGUACCUGCUGAAUGUACUUCGUAGUAACAAGAUUUCUAUAGACUCGUAUCACAUGGAGAAACUAUCGGGACCUUAAAAAUACUUUGUUGGAAUGAAAACUUUGUUGUAAAGGUAUUUGUUGUACCUGAAUUUUACCUGUAUUUCCAAUGAUAGACAUUAUCACUGCAAGUUAUGCGUUACAUACAAAAUCGGGUUUAACGUUGGCAGUAAUAGAACGCUUUUGUAACCUUAGGCCCAUCUCUGUGUGUGUACCUAUAUACGUGUGUUUAUGUAUAUAUAAACAUAUAGUGUAUGUAUGUGCGUGUAAAUAUAUAGAUAUACACACUCAAUGUGGGUAAACACCACCCAUCAUGAGACAAAAAGACAUACUCAGCCAAAAACUGUAAUCCAGCAAGACAAUGAAACUAUUGUCAAGACUAAUUGAGAAGAAAACCCUGUAUGCACCUGUGGUCUUUGAGAUCGUGCUUUGAGUGAUGCAGCACCUAUGCUUGCCAAUGCCAGCCUCACCUCAUGCCCAGUUGCACUCCUGCUGCCUGAUCCUGCCUUCUUUGUUGGCACUGGUUUUUGAGCUGCCGCCCCCAUUGUAAUCCCUUUUCCCACUACGACAAUUAGCCUGCCUUUUAAGUUUGGACCAAAGGCAAGGCACAUGCAAAAUUUUGUUCUGCUGCUUUUUGUGUGAUUAGCAAACAGUCAUCCAAAUGACUUAUGUUUUUUUAGACAGUUACUGUAUAUAGAUGUGUGUGUAUAUAUAUAUAUAUAUAUAUAUAUAUAUAUAUAUUGUGUGUGUGUUUUUAUGUUACUACAUAUAUUAAUUCUGAUUUACUGCCCCCAAAUCAACUGCUGAGAGAGUCAGUGGGCCUGUACCGUAUGCCAGAAGGAAAGAGCGUGUAGACUUUCAUUGCUCUCCCAUCUGGUAACUGCUGCAUUUACAACAUGACAUUGACAUCAUGGUAGACAUCACCAGUGUGAGAAAUCACAAACAAUGAUGGUUUGGCCAUUAUGGCUAUAAGCUGACCCUUUGUCAGCUCUGAUGGGGUAUACUGAGGCGUGUGAGUUUUACACAGGUGGACUUUGGCCAGGCCUGGAAUUGAACUGUGAUCCAGUCAACCAGAACACAUCAGACCCUUAACAUACUAGCAGUCAUCUUGUCUGUCCUUUGCUCUCCGUGUCCAGUCCUCAAUUACCUCUAAUCUGCAGCACUAUGCCAGAGAUCCGGGCUGAAAAAAGGAAGUGAGGUCUCUCUUCAAGAAGGGCAUUUCAACACCUUAACUAUGCCAAGUGGAAUCCAACUUUGCCUAAAGCACCAGACGCUGCAUUGAAAGUGUGAGCGACGUUAACUGCUCUAUCGGUCUUUGCCAAGAUGAAUCCAGACCAGUAAACUGCCUUAGCAUUCCUUUCUUGUGUUCAGUUGUUACCCAUGAAACAAGGAUGAAUUAGUAAUAAUAGGAUCAGGUAAAGUUGUAACUUUUACAUGAUUCUGAGUUUAAAUUACCAAAGUAGAAAGCCAGUGAGUCUCUGUCUCUCUCUCUCUCUCACACAACAAACAGGACUUAAAUCUCUGUCAGCCAUAGUUGUGGACCUGAGUAAGAGAAGUCACUGGUUGGGUCAUGUGGGGUAUCAGACAUGAGACUAACACCAUGAAAAGCUUGUGGAAUCGUGUAACUCAGGUAACUAAACCAAAGUAAACUAAAACUAAAUCAGGGAAAACCAGAAAACCUCAAAAAGGCUUACAAAAGCAGAUUCCGGGCUGUGCAUUUAUCUCAUCUCUUUUGUGUUCUGUAUUUUGUUUUUUUUUUUUACAACUGUGUAUAAGCAAAUAUAAUUUUCAAAUCCUUCUGCCUUUGAAUAAACUUUAUUAAAGUAUUGCAUUUCUUGAAA